GAAUUAUCGUGGAAAUACAGUUUUCUUCUUCAUCUAACUCAAGCAGUAAAAUGAAACUUAUUUUUGUAGCAUCUGUUUUUCUUGCAGCAUUUUGCUCUUUUUUACAAAGGGGCCAAGCGACUGCUAAUCCUACAUAUUUAGGUUAUCCAGGAUAUGGCUACUCAGGGUAUGGAUAUUUACCUAGAUAUUCAGGAUAUGGUUAUCCUGGAUAUGGAGUUGGCUAUGGAUCGGGUCUUGGCUAUGGAUCAGGACUUGGCUAUGGAUCUGGACUUAGUACCACACCAUAUUAUUCAUCUGGAACGUCUCAAACAAACCAAGAUACAACUGCCAUUUCUGGAACUGCAAAUACAGUUAACAAAUAUGUUGAUGUUGAUGUAAAUGCAAAUGUUCUGAGUCCUGGAUCUGGUCUUGGAUAUGGAUCUGGACUAAGUGCCACACCAUAUUAUUCGACGGGAAGCUCUCAAACAAACCAAGAUAACACUGCCAUUUCCGGAAAUUUGAAUACUGUAAACAAAUAUGUUGAUGUCGAUGUAAAUGCAAAUGUUGUGAGUUAAAUUUAUUGUAUUGAAAAGAUUUCUUUGCU